UGCAGAUUGAAAAUAUUUGCUUCAGUGUUACGAAAUGUCACAUAUCCUUGUUAAAUGGGCAACCAGCGAGGAGUGGGAUGUGUAUCCAACAAGAUCCAUGGCAGAUGUAGCGACCGCGACAUCGAUAAUGAAAGAUACAAAGGUUGUAGAGACGUUGACCGGGAAAACCUUCAAAAUAUUGUGGAAAGACAACGAGGCGCCAUGCGACGCUUAUCUGGUUGCUGCUGGUGAGGCUGACAAAAUGGAACGAAAAAGGACAAAACUGGCAGCGCAAGCAAAACGUAGCCCUUCGUCAGCGAUAAAUGCGUGCUGUGAGCAUGUAUCCCAAGUUGAAGAGCUAAAGAAGGAAAAUGCUGCUCUGAAGAUGUCACUGGAUGCUCAGAAAGAUCUAGUUGAUACUUCCAAAAUCCUCAAAAAGCUCCAGCGUUUAGUCAAUAAGCUUGAAGCUUCUGCGCCAGCAACGCCUGCACAGGCUCAAGAGAACAUGCACCAAAAUAUUGGCGGUGGCGUCCUGGUGUCAAGGGCUACUCUGACAAGGCUUGAGGAAAACUUUCGUGACGCCCCUUCCAAGUUCGCAAGGGCUCUACUGCGUGUUCUCUUCACUGACGCGGAGCUGGAGAACAAAACGCUGUUUGGCCGUCAGGCCAACAGCCACAAAGACCAGCCAGCGAAAGCUGGAUUGGACCAAAAGAGGGUGGCUGCAGUCCUUGUGCUGCAUUCUUGACAAAAGGGGUCGUACUGCACCAAAUGUUUCACCUCGAAACAGAAUAUACAUGCCUGAAAUAUAAAUGCUCGGACGAUAAACUGAAGAGGAGCCUAGGCUCCAUGCUUCAGAAGAUGGGGUCGAGGCAAAGCACCUCCACUGCUGACCAGGAAGAAGUUGAGGACAAGUGCGAAUCAUCGAAUCCAUAAUCAGUCAUUUAACUUCUCUGUGGUGCACAGUCUUGGCCGGAAGUGCGUCGCCCUAGUCAGAACUCACUCAUACGGGUAUUGUUUUUGUCUUUACUAGCUUUGUGUGUUGGCAUACACUACAUAAAACCAACCAGAGAAAAAUAAA